UCGCCCGGUCAUCACACCUCGAGCAUCCUCCGUGUCGUCCGGAUACGCUCCACGUUCUCCAGCGUCGUUUCGUCCGCUUUUGUCGCAUCUCGCGAUACCGGUCCAAUCGCAUCAUUAAGAGCCGCAAAAAGUGGUCGGUCCGAGUUCAUGUCCGUUGAGUAGGAAAUAAUUUGACGAAUUCGGAGUCAAAUCGGUAUCCCGCAGUUUCCGAAGUCGUUACCUUCGAUUGGAAUCGUGCGGAAAUUUAAUCGGAAUCGAGCAGAAGGCAUCUUGCUAGACAGAGUAGAGAGUAGAUUAAAGUCGUGUUUAAAGUGAACCCGAGAAGUUCACGAGUUGGAAGGCAACUCGAGGAAGUCUAGGCGCUUAUCAAUGUUAUCAAUCAACAUGCGCGUAUUCAAGACUGUGCUGCUUAUCGCGUUCCUCGGUGCGAGCGUACAAUGCUUGCCCGUCACCGACAAGCUAACCGAAUCUAAGAUUGAGAACACCUCGGUGGUCCCGCAGGAAAUAGCCGCAACCACGGCCGCGCCUACAUCCACAUAUCCCGAUACCACCGAUUACUACGACCAGAGGCAAAACGGAAGCGAGAAUUAUCGCAUUCACGUGGACGGUGUCGUACUCGUAAUCGCGCCGGUCGAGGCAUUGCUCUUGGCUGGCGCCGCUGCCACCACAGAACCACCGAAUUUAUCAAUUCCCAGCCUGGAUGGAUCCUCGACUCAGUCCGUCAGUGAUCUGGACAAACCCGGCGUUGAUAGUAUCCACAACAAAACCGAUCCGGUGAUCUCGAAGACAAUACACAAACCAGCUCUACGGUUGGCGAAUUUCUUUGCGCCUUUCAUACGUCACUUUCAACACGAGCGAGGCACGAGUGUGCACUAAAAUGACUCCUCAAUACUCACAAUUCCAAUACGCAUAGUUUCUUCUGCUUAGAGCAUAUAUUAAAAAAACGGGAUAGGAUAUCUGCAUCUACAGGGAUGAUGGACGAGUACUCGUAGAAUAUAACGUGUAUGAUCGACGAUCGACUCAAUGUCGUACCACGCAUUUACAUAGCAUUUAGUAUCAAUAAAGGGAUAUGUGCCGAUUAAUAUUAAUGAAUUCAUUCCUCUGUAAUUUAAAAGAUUAAAUACAUAAAAUUAUAGAAAUGAUGAUUUCAUUGACAUGACAUUUUCUUUAUCAAUACAAUGCAACAGAUAAUUAUAAUGCAGUACCCACAUAUGUAUUUACAUGUUACUUUACGUAAACCAACAUUAAAUACAAGAUUUACUUGUUAAAA